AAAAUAUCUUAGUGGCUCACUCAUUUCCUCCACCUUUGCAUCGAGGAAAAACUAAAUCCAGUACUCUGAGCUCACCAUUGAACUGCUGCAUCGCAUUUGGACCAUGCUUCAGUAAAGUUCAAGCUUCACCUUAUCUGCUGGACCGUGAGGUCAUCCUUUUGAUCUCUAAUCUUCCCCUUAAUCUCUUUCUCUUCUUCCAUCUCUCUCUGGCCUGGUGACAAAUUGACAACAGACCCAUGGAGAGUCGUAAUUCGUGAUGUUUAGGGAUGUGAACGUGCAAUACUAGUUGUUCUUGGAUAGAAAAGUUUUAAGCUUUUUUGAGCUGCCUUUCUCCCUGCUUCUCCUAUGUGGUUCUUCGUCAUCACACAUCCAGUUCUAUCCAAAAUCCCCUGUCCUUGUCCCCCUCGAGUAUCAAAAGCCGCCCGGUAGAAUAACAAUUCCUAUUGCCCACUUCCUCCGAUCUGUCCAUCAUCCAAUUCGCGUCGGCCGCUUCCUUCUACAACCCAAGAAAACACCGCGUGCUUGCCUGCGCGUACGCGGCUGACAGUGAUAGCGUUGUCUUCAUGGCGGCGAGCUACCGGUUGGUCGUCGUUGCCGCUCUGGUGGCGGUCCUCGGCGUCGCGGGGCUGCCGGCGGCGGGAGGGCUCGGGGUGAACUGGGGCACGAUGGCGACGCACCAGCUGCCGCCGCGCACCGUGGUGCGGAUGCUGCACGACAACGGUAUCAGGAAGGUGAAGCUGUUCGACGCCGACGCCGAGCCGAUGGACGCGCUCGCCGGCAGCGGCGUGGAGGUGAUGGUGGCCAUCCCCAACAACAUGCUGGACAUGAUGACGGACUACGACACAGCCAGGGAGUGGGUGCACCAGAACGUCAGCGCGUACAACUUCGACGGCGGCGUGAACAUCAAGUACGUAGCCGUCGGGAAUGAGCCCUUCCUGUCGUCUUUCAACGGCACGUUCCUGAACGUCACCUUCCCUGCCCUGAGGAACGUCCAGCGCGCGCUCGACGAUGCCGGCCUCGGCAGCACCAUCAAGGCCACCGUGCCGCUGAACGCCGACGUGUACAACUCCCCGAAGAGCAACCCCGUGCCGUCGGCAGGGAGGUUCCGGCCAGAAAUCGCCGACCUCAUGACGGAGAUCGUGCAGUUCCUAAACCAGAGCGGCGCGCCCUUCACCGUCAACAUCUACCCGUUCCUGAGCCUCUACGGCAACGACGGCUUCCCGCUCGACUACGCCUUCUUCGACGGCACGAGCAGCCCCGUCGUGGACAACGGCAUCCAGUACACCAACGUGUUCGACGCCAACUUCGACACGCUCGUGUCCGCGCUCGGCGCGGCCGGCGUCGGCGGCCUGCCGGUCGUGGUCGGCGAGGUCGGAUGGCCGACCGACGGCGACACGCAAGCCACCGCGGCGUACGCGCAGCGGUUCUACGCGGGGCUGCUCCGGAAGCUGGCCGCCAACGCCGGCACGCCACUGCGGCCGAGCCAGUACAUCGAGGUGUACCUGUUCAGCCUCAUCGACGAGGACGCCAAGAGCGUGGCGCCGGGCAAUUUCGAGCGGCACUGGGGCAUCGUGCGGUACGACGGCCAGCCGAAAUACGCCAUGGACCUGUCCGGGCAGGGCCGGAACAUGGCGCUCGUGGCGGCGCGGGGAGUCCGGUACCUGCCCCGCCAGUGGUGCGUGGUCAACCCCAACGCGCCGGACAUGAGCAGAAUCGGCGACAACGUCAACUACGCGUGCACCUUCUCCGACUGCACAUCGCUCGGGUACGGCUCGACGUGCAACGGCAUGGACGCCGUCGGCAACGCCUCGUACGCGUUCAACAUGUACUUCCAGGUGCAGAACCAGGUGGCGGGCAGCUGCGACUUCCAGGGGCUCGCCGUGCAGACGACGCAGGACCCGUCCACGAACGCCUGCAACUUCACCAUACAGAUCGCGCCGUCGAUGGCCGGACACCGGCGCGCGCCGCUGGCGACCGCUGUGCUCCUCUCGAUUCUUCUCGCUGUCAUGGUUGCUCCCUGAUUGAUGCGAUGUUAACAGAUAGAGGAGGAGGAUUUCGUCUGUAAAGAUUUUUGUUUGGUUUGUAGAUAAUCUUGUGUUAUCAGAUUACUCUGACGUGCAUAAUAUGACCUCUUGGAUUUAAGGGA